GCAAAGGAGCAUCAACAGGACCGAGAAGGCUACAUGUCCUUUGCUGGGUUUUUUUUUUCGCUCUCCUUGAAAAGGACCUGCGCAGCUCUGAAAUAAACGGCACGCCUAUCGCACGGUUCAGAUGAUGCUUUCUGUAUUUUAACUACAUUUAUGAUGUGAAUUUCCGAGGAUAUGUGUUUAUCCACAUGCUUGGAUGUAGUGAUUUUUCUGGUCUACAGUGCUGACAGCAGAGGAUCAAGGAUUGCUGAAUCUUUUAGAACAGUGCUUAAGGAGAUUUUAUUACAGUAACAUCUGGUGUCAUCAACAAGGUGAAUGAUUUCAAGCUGUUUUUCCGUCAUGCAAAAGACGGCAACUGCUCCGUGCAGUGUGUCCUCUUCGCGAGGUCCUAGUGCCCCUGGAUCCCCAGCCACAUCCAUUGUGGCACGAAUGGACAAUCAGGUCAUUGGUUACAUGGAUUUGGCAGCCAUUCCCAGGGACAAAGCCAUUCUGGAGGUGGAGAGGCCAGACCUAAUGGUGUAUGAACCCCAUUUUAACAUUUCGUCCCUGGACAGAUCAAGCCGCUGCAGAAGCCGUGAGAGGUCGAUGUCACCACACUCCAUCUCUCCGCCUCCAUCUCCUGAGCCGUUCUGCAAGGAGCCUAAGGAAUGGCCAGAGCAGGGCUCUCCCGGGGGCUCCAAUAUGGGCUCCACCACACAGCUCCGGAAAAUUAGCACUUCCUCGCGCGGAAGCAUGCAGCACUUUCACAGGCCAGAUAAUGGAUCCAACAUCUAUAAAAAGCCUCCCAUUUAUAAACAUGACUCUACAUCACCACAAAAUAAAAACACAGGGGACAACAUAAUCAAGUCCUCCAAGUUCCCAGCAGCCCAGCCUCCUGAUCCCAAUGUGCUCUCCAAGAUUGAAACGGAAUACUGGCCUUGUCCACCCUCAUUGGCUACCAUGGAGAUUGAAUGGAGGAGGAAGGCAGUCGAGGAGGGGAGACUGGGGGAGGACGAUGAAUACGAGGACCUGACGGAGGACGCCAAGCAGCUCCAAGAGCAGGAGCUUAACAAGAUCCAGUCCAACUUGGGCAAAUUGAUUCUGAAGGAGGAGAUGGAGAAAUCAGAGUUCCGCAGGAAAACUCGCUCACUUCCAGACAGGACACACAUGCACUUAGGAUCCUCUUCAAGCACCUCCAAAUCCACCUCUUUACCUGCCUGCAGUCGAUCAGGCCUCACCAGGCUGCAGUCUGCAGACUUUCCUUCUACAGAGGGAGACCAGGCGAGGCCAGGUCAACAGAAUGGAGAUACACAAAGAGGGAGAAUGGACAGAGGAAACUCACUGCCUAGUAUUCUGGAACAGAAGAUCUACCCAUAUGAGAUGCUCAUUGUGACCCAUAGAGGGCGCACCAAGCUCCCACCAGGUGUGGACCGAACUAGACUGGAGAGGCAUCUGUCUCCAGAAGAGUUCGAGGAGCUGUUCGGAAUGCCCAUCACAGAGUUCGAUCGUCUGUCGUUGUGGAAACGCAACGACCUGAAGAAGACGGUGUCACUUUUCUAACGAUGGUGACACACUGAGACUUUGGGCCGUUGGACAUACUAUUUGGUCUGCUCUCGGAGGCAAAUCAUCUCUAUCAACUAAAGAGUUCCUUUGAAAAUGCAGGAAGACACCUACAUUCACAUAUACAAAAUAGAGCCAUAUCAUAUCUGAAAGCUAUAUCUCAAUACUUAAUUUCCUGUCCUUUCACCAGUCAAAGCUGAAGCCUCCUGUGUGUUGUCCUGUCCUCAGUAUGGUCCACAGUAAGGGCUUUGUGUUUGUGAGCUAUUCAGUCAUUUUACCAUAGCACGGUCUAGAGUAUACACCAGAGGCUUUAGUCUCUAAUUCUACAUAAUUCUACAAGUUAGUCUUAACAGUUCAUGUUGUUCCAAAUACUGAUACUAAGAGCACUGUGGAGAGCUCUGAUACUGGGCCUUACCGACCAGGCCUUGACUAAAACACCAAGUCACUUUUAGUCAAAUGUGUGGAAAAGAUUAAUUUGAUAAUACUCACUACAUAUUUAUAGAGGCAAACAUUUAAUGCUUUUCUGAGCAAAUCUCAAAGUGCCCAUUAAAUGUUUUUUAAAAUGAUAUACAGAUAUGCAAGACCAUCACCCCAAUAUUGUCAUGAUGUUACUCUAGACUUCCACUCUGUAGUUUAAUAACUUGUGUUAAUUUAUUGUGGAGUCUGAAACACUGUUGUACAAUUAUGGAAAAGAAUAUUUAUUUGCUUUACUGUUAUUUAAACCUUGAAUAUAUAAACUGCGUGUUAAAACACUCUACAUGUUUUCAAGUAGUCUAACCACAGUUUGGACAAAGUUUAGUUACAGUGAUUAAGAACUGCAGGUCUAUUUAAAUAACACAUUAUACAAUUUAAAUAUCAAAUAAAGAAUAACUAAUAUUAAGUACACAGAUUUUUUCAUUUUCACAACUGGACAUUGCCUAGCACAUUUCAUAAUUCUUUUCUCAAUGUAAAUCAGGACAACCUACAGAACUGAAGGGAAAAUAUCUGCUUAAAUGCAGACUCCUAGACUCAUUGAAAGUUGUUGACAUUGAGAAUGUAGGACAAGACUACAAUAGAUGUACAUGUAGUGAUACCUUUUUUCUGUCUUUGUAGUUCUUGAUUUAAUGAUUAGUAAUAUUUGUUUUUUUUCUGUUUGAAUUCCCUUUCACAUAUUCAUUUCUUGGGGGAAUUUGACCAUUUCGCAUGCACCUCAUACUGGGUGCAGAAUAUGGAUGUAAAAAAUAUUGUUGACUGCCACCAAACUGAUGUACUGUACAUCCAUGCUGCUCCAGCAUUGUUUUCAAUGAUUAUUAUAUUACAUAUUACCACAUAUCAUCAUAACACAUGUGAUGAAUAGUUGCAGCUCAUGUCACGUACCUAAUUUGUUCUUUGUCAAUUCAGCAGCAUCAUAUAUUUGUGUAAAGAUGAAUAAAGACUUUUCUGUGCACUGAC